UGGGACCUCUGAAAUGGAGGUUCACAAUCAGAGCACCUGAACUAAUGUCUAUAAAUGUGGAAGAGAAAAACUCUAGUCUAUACUCUCUCUGGAUUGGAGACCGCCUUAAGGCUCCCAUGGUCUUAAGAGACAAGGUCGCUGUGAUUUUAGCUAACAUUAAUUACUGAUAUGACUGAUCUGAUUGUGGGCUUAAAAACCGUUUUCACGUGUACAAACUAAAGAGGAUUAUAUCCAAAAAUAUUUUCCUAACGUUGAUUUAUUCAGCAAAAGUUUGACCUCAUAAUUUGAUUCAAAAAUGUUUUAUUCAUUCCAAAAUAUGACAUUGUAACGAUGGCCUGCUACAUCAUAUGAAAGCCAGUCACUUUAAAAUAACAACACUUACUACUUUGCAUCCAGACCUUGUGCUCCAAAUACACAUUACUCAGCAGUAGUUUGUCAAAGUGACUCACUCUAAUUUUAAAAUGUCAACAACUAUAAGUGCUAGAGCAAAUCAGGGGGGUCAACCGAAGAUUUAUCCCCUGGGAAACUUUUAAUAUCACUUUUACAAGUCUGAUGGAUGUCAAACUAAAUUUGUGACUAAGAAUUUUUGUCCUUUUUUUUAAGCCUUUGGGGACAAAUCCAACACUUAAAAGUCAUUCAAAAUAUUUUUCAGCUGACCUGAUUAUCUGAGGUGACCAAACGAACACCUCAGAUCUUGGUUUUAAAGUCAUGGUGGACCCUUCAAUUUUUUUGUAAUUUUUUUAGGGGAUUAGGUUCAGAAACCAGGGGGAUAAACAAACCUUUUGCAGAGCCAUGCAAGACAGAGGCCAUCUGCAGUUCACAUGCGGUGUUAUAAUUAUUGAAGCAAAGCCUGAGUCAUGUCUGACAUAACUGUUUCAUCAGAUCGCUUCUUGGUCAACACCCAUUUCUGGAAUUGCAAACUGCAUUUUUCAUCACUUAGCAGUCUAGAAAUUCCACUUUCUAAUUGCAUUGUUUGCCGUUUAUGGGAAUCAGGUUAUUUUCACUUAUUUCUCAGAAACAAUAAGCGGGGACCUGGGGAGACUAAUUGGUGACAGAAGUACACAGUUCCAGUUGGGAUUUUGAAAUCAGGGGCAUUUAAAGGGGAAUCUGUUUCAAUUUGAAGCUUGCACGUGGUACUUCAUGGAUGCAGAUUUCAACAUAACUUUCAUGCAGGUGGAUAAGAACUAAAAGUCAAACAAGGUUGAGUAUCCACCUUUCACUGUAAGACUGGUGGUGUACACUCAGCGGAUGCUCUUGUACUCUGUUCCAUUGAGUUUAUUAUGGCGUUCAGUGUUGAAUUUACCUGCCAAUCUCUUCCGCUGUUUCAGGUUCAUCAAUGAACUGCUUGUGUUAUGGAUCAGUGGUAGACCGUAUGGUCUCCAUUGCUCUCUGAGGCUCCUCUGUUGUUGUGAUCAUUAGUCUCUUUGGGGUGUCGACGGAUUCAGCUUCUGUUAGCCAUUUGCUUCCAUUGAAUCACAGUGUGACGUCAGGAGUCACUGUGACGGAACAGGAACUCAACAGAAGGUUGGAGGAGAAAUGGAAUCUUCCACCAACUUUUUCGUUCAAUCCUUGCUGGCGAACACACCGACUUGAGAAAAAAUGUGCUCGUUUUCGACGAGAAACCUCCCUUAAACCAUUUCCCUUGAAACGUCUAUCGACGUCACGUGACUUUAACAACCGUACGCCGACACCUUUAAAGCCUAUGAGCUUUUGAGACCUUUGAAGAUGGGGAUUGGCAUUUCGUCUCCAUCCUGGGACUACGAGAUGGAGCAUUACCUGGGCAGUGGCGCCUACGGAGCGGUUGUCCAGAGCAAGAAACUGGGCACCAAUGAGACGGUGGCUUUAAAAGUCAUCAAGAACGAGAGAUACAUGGAAAUAGCAAAGAAAGAGGUGGAGAUACUUCAGUACUUGAAAGGACUUGGCUCAGACAAGUUCAACAUCGUCAUGUUGAAUGACUCCUUCACCCAUGUGGGAUGUUAUUAUAUGGAGUUUGAGAAACUGGAUAUAAAUCUGACGGACUUCUUGCGGAAGAAGCCACAACGCUCCCUGGAACAAAAGGACAUUUGUCCCAUUGUACAUCAGCUGGCCACAGCUCUGGACUUUCUUCAUAGUGUGGGGAUUGUUCAUGCAGACCUAAAGCCAGAAAAUAUUAUGAUCGUGGACGAAGUACAAAAACCUGUGACGGUCAAAAUCAUUGACUUUGGUUUGGCCCUAAAAAAUCCAGAGGAACAUAGAGGAGCAGUUCUUCAGACCCUUUGGUACAGAUGUCCAGAGGUCCUGCUGGGAGCUCCCUUUAGUGGAGCGAUAGAUGUUUGGUCUCUGGGUUGCAUUGUUGUGGAAAUGUUUACCGGUUCUGCUUUGUUCCCUGGAGAGGAUGAAAGCGAAAUGAUGAAACACAUUGUCCUCACCUUUGGAAAUCCACCAGAAUAUCUGCUAAAUUCAGGGCUGAAUACCAUGCAGUUCUUCAACAAAAAUGAUGGAGAAGAGGAACCAUGUGGCCAGUGGACAUUGAGGAGAAACACUGAAAUAGGAAACAUAAACUUCAUUCCACAGAGGACUCUGGAUUUCCUCAACAUGUUGCGUGAAAACGUGUCGGAUGAAAAUGCAGGUGAAAGCGAGCGGGAUAGUUUUGUCAAGCUGGUAGCAGACAUGCUGAAGGUGGAUUCAGCUAAAAGGAUCUCACCAAGCGAAAUUCUUCUGCAUCCGUUUGUCGCCAAGAGCCGGUUGGUGGACAAUAGCAUCCAUGGGAAGUCCUCCAGCAGUGCUGGAAGUAAAACAAAAAUAGACCAAAAUGACAACGCGGAAUCUGGAAACAGAAGCCCAGACGGCAUCCCAGCUAAAAGGAGAAAGGAGUGUGAAGAUGUAGAGAUGAUAUGUGCACAGACGAGCCCAUCAAUGUCACCUUAACGGAAAUGACAAAGAGAUGAUUUUGUGAUAUAGAUAUAAUCGGAUGAAACCUCAAACCUCAGCAAAGAAGAGGAGAAUAAACCGUAACGGUAAGACUCCAGUGACCAAAGAGAGCAAAACUUGUUCUGCCUCAUCAUUUACAGUAGGAUGUUGACCUCAGGAAGAGGAGGAUAGAUGAUGAAGAGGCUUCAGAAUCAGACAAAGCCUCGCCUGAUAAGAAAAGGAAGAGAGGAUGUCUCUCUAACUUUGGGGGAAAAAAGCUAUUUUUGUCGUCAGUAGUUACCUUGCCGCUUUCAGAUGGCCAUUUAAGUAAGAAACAAACUCUCUUCCAGCUAGCUCCUAUCGUCACUCAGACGUUUGACAAGUCUCUCGAACUGUGUGUGCGGCUUCUUCCUGUUUCAAAUGAUCCAAUCAUCCUGAUGCCCAAGAAAGCCGCCAUCAGGCCCAUUGCCCUGAUCAGGAAAUAACUUUGAAUGACAGAUCUGAAGUAUAUCCUAGGCCCCUUGUGCAACCCUCUGCUGACGAAGUAGUCAACAUGGAACAGUACGUUGUCCCGCAUUUCCUACGAUAGCAUAAGAAGUCCAACCUGCCUCAGAUCGAUGUCGCUGGCCCUUCCGUCCUGCCUGCAGGACUUGUACCGGGCAGCUAACACCUCUCCUGUCUACACACAUCCCUGACAUGGUGUGUCUGGUGAGGCGGUAUAGAGCUCUACAUGCAAAAAGCCAUACACCACAGAUGACUGCUACUGUGAACUAGAAUGAAUAAAAUAAACUGAAAUAACCA